GGAGGUGUCACAAAAUAGUAGUACCGAAGUAAACGGAAGGAGCGAGAGUAAAGAAGUAGGAUCCAGUGACGAAAACCCCCAAUUCUUCCUAGAUCCCUCGCUCAGCAGCUCAUCUCCUCCUCCAAUCCACUGCUAAAAUGUCCGCCACCGCACCCCAACCCGAUCCAUCAUCCGGAUCCAUCGACCCGAUCUUCCACCUCAUCCGGAUCGUCCCAUUCUCCUUCCUCCGCCCCCCGCGCCUCCGCCUGAAGCUGCCCACCUUCACCCUCCCUUCUGCUAUGACUGUCUACUCCCUCAUUCUUCUCACCUACUUUAUGGUCGUCUCCGGCAUCGUUUACGACGUCAUCGUCGAACCACCAGGCAUCGGAUCCACACAAGACCUUUACACUGGGGCAGUCCGACCGGUCGUUUUCCUCCCGGGUCGGGUGAACGGCCAGUACAUCAUUGAGGGCCUCUCCUCCGGGUUCAUGUUCGUGCUUGGUGGGAUUGGGAUCGUGCUUUUGGAUCUGGCGCUGGAUAAAAAUCGGGCGAAGAGUGUGAAGGUGUCGUAUGCUUCAGCUGGGAUUGCGUCUGUCGUGAUUUCUUAUGUUAUGAGUAUGCUAUUUCUGCGCAUUAAGAUCCCUGGAUAUCUUCGCUGAUUUAUUUUCAUUUUCUGUUUCCUUUUGGCUCCAAAAUGGAUACUUUUCGGUUUUACAAUUGUAAUACGAUGAAAUUCUGCAGUUUCGACAUUCUGUUUAUGCGACUUAUUAGCUGAGAUAUAAUGAGUUAGAAGUAGUAGAUAAUCGACUUGCAUAAUUGAGCAUUUCAUUGGCUACUGGCUGUAAUGAUUGAUUAUUGGUUCGUUCUGAAGUUAAUAGAUGGUCAGGUUAAGCUCUCUUCCGCGGCAGAACUCCUGAGAGUUUGA